CUACAGAGGGGAGUGUUUUCAGUUCUCUAUACUAAUGGAGAAAGUAUGUCUGAAGAGCAUUUCCUGCUAACAUAAAGAAUGACUACUGAAAAGAGUACUCUAAAAUGAGGAUGAGUAAGUAACUUAGAUACUGAACAAAUACAGGUCUAUUGUAUUGAGUAAGGCAUCUUGCUGUGGUAAGGUACUUACUUCUCAAUAUGGAUGGCCUACUUAAUGAUUUUUUUUUAAUUAUUGCUUUUAAUUAAGUGCUGGCUUAAGUGCUAUCCAUCAAAUAGUUUGCACUCCCAGAUGGCAAUCCUGUACUGAAAAUGGAUUAUAACCGAAAGCUGGCUUCCUAACAGCACUUGCUGAUAGUUUUAACAGAAAAUGAAUUCAUAUUUUUGUUUUAAGCAAUAAGAGGCAGAACAUUUAUGCAAUUAGGUACUUGUAUUUCUUUAUAACACACCUGAAAUUCAAAAUUACUGAGUUGGGAAUGGUCUCAGGAGGUCAGCUAACCAUUCCAGCCCACUGGAAAAAAUGGUGCAGCUCUUUCAUUGCUGACAAGUCCUCGUGUCCAGGCACUUCUUUGAUGACCAGUGCACAAACCGAUAACACAAAUGAUCUCCUCCACUGCCUCAUAAGCCUGCAACCAAAACUUUCCUGACCCCUAUCCUCAAUGUCCUUCCUGUCAUUCAACUCCAUUAUUUCUAUGCCUGUUCAGUGUGUUCAAGGAGGACAGGUGACUUCUUCAACUUCGUGAGCAGUCUUUCACAUAUCUGAAGAUUGUUAUGUCAUGCACUAUUCCCUCCACUGUAGCUGUUCGAUCCUUGCUUUUCCUCUUGCACCAUGACUUCCAAACUUGCUUCUAUCUAUUCUCUUCUAGAUUCCUUUCAAUCAUUGCACACUUUCACAAUGGUUGCCCAGAGUGGAUUCCUGCACCAGCAACUACUGAGCAGAGCAGACACUGUUGCAGUCAUUCAUGCUAAAGCAGCAGUAAGAAAAACAUUGUUAAUAUAGAGAUGCUUGCUGGUAUCCAAAAUAUGAGCCAUUAGUACACCUCUGUGAAAUAAAUGUGUAGAAAAUACAUAGCUGUACACAGUGGCACAUAAGUCACAUGAGAGGGGAUACAGAGCUGAGGGUAUGGCACACAGUACUAGCAGUGUGACACACAUGCAUUUUUUAUAAAACAAAUCAUGUAAAAGCUGGGAGAAUUGGCUGAUGCACCUGAAGGCCGUGCUAUCAUUCAACAAGACCUGGACAGACUUGAGAGCUGGGCAGGGAGGAAUCUGAUGAGAUUUAACCAAAACAAGUGUAGUCUUGCACCUGGGGAGGAAUAACUGCAUGCAUCAGUACAGGUAAGUGGAUGACCUACCAAAGAGGAGCUCUGUAGACAAGGACCUGGGGGUCCUGGUGGACAACAGGUUGGCUGAGAGUGCGCCCUUGCAGCCAAGAAGACCAAUGGUAUCCUGAAGUGCAUUAUAAAGAGUGUGGCCAGCAGGUUAAAGGAAGUGAUCCCCCCCUCUACCCUGCCCUGGUGAGGCCACAUUUAGAAUAUCACAUCCAGUUCAGGGCUCCUAGUAGUUCAGCUGAGAGUCACAAAAAUGAUAAGAGCCUGGAGCAUCUCCCACAUGAGGAAAGGCUGAGCAACGUGGAUCUGUUUGGCCUGGGGAAAAGAAGAUUUAGAGGGAAUCUGAUUAAUGUUUACAAAUAUUUAAAGGGAGGUGGGAGGCAAAUGGAUGAGGCCAGGCUCUUCUCAGUGGCACAUAGCAACAGGACAAGGAUCAAUGGCCUAAAAUUUGAACAUAAGAAGUUCCGUACUAAUAUGCAUAAGAACUUCUGUACGGUGAGGAUGAUAGAGCACUGGAACAGAUUGCCCAGAGAGGUUGUGGAUUUUCCUUCUAUGGAGAUAUUCAAGACCCGUCUGGAUGCCUAUCUGCGUGACCUAUUGCAGGGUACCUGCUUUAGCAGGGGCGAUGGAUUCGAUGAUCCAUUCAGGUCCCUUCCAACCCCUAUGAUUCUGUAUGGUUCCGUAUGGUUUCCUACAAGGAAGGAGAGAAGGGUGAAAAAGGUGACUAUUAAUUCUCACCACACAAUACAGUGGUGCUCAAAGAUCAACACAGGACAGCAUCAGACAUAUCCCAAAAUACUUUAGAAAAAAACGCUGAGAGGACUUAGUUUAAGACAGGCCCUCCAGUGUGCACUGCCAGGCCAUUACGACGACUGUUUGCUUGACACUUUUUAGAUCUGAUCUGCGGUCGUGAUAGCAGUGUUAAUGAAGACCACCUACUCGGAAGCACAUUUGGUGUUACGUAUAUUAGCAGGGAGCGAGUGGAAUUCAAAUCGUCCUGCGAGCUCACUCGGAGAAGUUGGAGGGUCUGAAAACCCCUCGAAACGAGCAGCCCCGGCCAGGAGACAGCGAGUUCCGCUCGGCACCUCCCGCCGAGCCGCGACCCAGCCUUCGACACGGCGCACGGCCGGGACGGCGAACGCUCGGCCCCGCGGCGUGGAGGGCGGCGGCCCGGCCCAGCCCGCCCCGUGCCGCGCAGCCCCGCCACUCCCGCCUGCCCCCCGCGGCACAUGACCCGCCAUGGAGGCGCGCCGGCGCUGCCCAGAAGUUUGGAGCCGGUGGAGCGAGCGGAGGGGACGGCGGCAGCAGGCGCCCAGCCGCGGGCGGCACAGCGGGGCGGGUGGGCAGGAGAGUGUGGGCUGCUGCUGGCAGCUACAGGAUGAAGUCGCCUCCCUGCUGCAUGUCUCUUAAUUCCCAAGCGUCCCUGGAGGAACAAGGCAAUAGCACAUCGCUGGGCUCCCUGGACUGCAGUGUUUUCUCCAGCGAGGAGGAGCAGGGGCCCCUGCUGCAGAAGGUUGUUCCUUCCUUGGACUGCUUUACAAUCAAUGUGGGAGGCAGCCGCUUUGUGAUGUCCCAGCAAACUUUGUCUUGCUACCCCGACACUCGUCUUGGCAAACUGGCCGUGGUGGUCUCUGCUGCCCGGGAUGUCGCCUCUGGCCUCCUUGAGCUCUGUGAUGAUGCUAACCUGGUGGAGAAUGAGUAUUUCUUUGACCGGAGCUCACAGGCAUUUCACUACAUCCUGAACUACUACCAGACAGGGAGGCUGCAUGUGAUGGAGCAGCUGUGUGCACUCUCCUUCCUGCAGGAGAUCCAGUACUGGGGCUUGGAUGAGCUCAGCAUCGACUCCUGCUGCAGAGAUCGGUACUUCAGGAGGAAGGAGCUGAGUGAAGCCUUAGACAUCAAGAAAGAUGCUGAAGAACUGGAUGCUCAAGAUGAGGAAGAGGACUUUUCUGGUAGCCUCUGUCCCAGUGUCAGACAAAAACUUUGGGAAGUUUUGGAAAAGCCUGGUUCCUCUGCAGCAGCCAGGACUUUUGGCACUUUAUCCAUGGCUUUUGUUGUUGUGUCCAUUGCCAACAUGGCUUUGAUUUCAGUAGAGCUAAGCUGGCUGGCACCACCACUACUGGAUGCCCUUGAGUACCUGUGCAUUACAUGGUUCACUGUGGAGUUUGUUCUGAGGUUCCUGUGUACACGGGAUCGGUGUCGCUUUCUGAGGAAUGUGGCAAACAUCAUAGACCUCCUUGCUAUUUUACCUUUCUACAUUACACUGCUGGUAGAGAGUCUGUGUGGUGGGGAGAGCUCCCAAGAACUGGAGAAUGUGGGGCGCAUUGUCCAAGUGCUGAGGCUGCUCAGAGCGCUGCGGAUGUUGAAGCUGGGAAGACAUUCAACAGGGUUGCGGUCCCUUGGAAUGACAAUUGCACAGUGCUACGAGGAGGUUGGCCUGCUGCUACUUUUCCUUUCUGUAGGAAUCUCUAUAUUUUCCACAGUGGAGUAUUUUGUUGAGCAAGGUGUGCCAGGCACAACAUUCACAAGCGUACCUGGUGCUUGGUGGUGGGCAACAACAUCCAUGACAACUGUUGGUUAUGGUGACAUUAGACCAGAUACAACUGCUGGUAAGGUAGUGGCCUUCAUGUGUAUACUGUCAGGAAUACUAGUUUUGGCUUUGCCAAUAGCUAUCAUAAAUGACCGGUUUUCUGCCUGUUACUUUACACUGAAGAUAAAAGAAGCUGCUCUUCGGCAGCGUGAAGCUUUAAAGAGACUCAUAAAGAACUCAUCCAGUGACUCAAAUAUCAAUGUUAAUUUGCGAGACAUAUAUGCACGCAGUGUCAUGGAUAUGUUACGACUGAAAAGCAGAGAGCGAGCGAGCACAAGGAGCAGUGGAGGAGAUGACUUUUGGUUUUGACUUUUAAGUUAUUUAGCCUUGUAUAGCAAAUAGACUACUUCAGAAAUGUGGUAUUAAGAAUCUGUUUUUUUAUCAUGCAACACAUAAUGUAUUGCUUUUCCAUCUGGAGCUCUACGUACUUGUAUAGAAUGAUAUAGCUGGUGUAAGCAAAAGGCUCUGAGGGCACCAGAAACAUACCCCCAGAACUUGGUUGAUGAGAGAGAAAAUAAUGGGUCCAUCAAAGUAAAAUAGUGUUACAAACACUUGUCUAUGAAUCUUAUGUCCUUGCUAAUGUAUAGUAAUAAAAUCUUUUAGCUGAAAUUGCCAUGGUGUUUUGAAUUUUGAAGACCUAUAGGACUUGUAUUUGAAAAAAAAACAAAACAAAACAAAAAAACAAAGUUAAAUACAUUAGGAAAAUCUGAAGUAAAUAGUUACCAGAUAUAUACAUGGUGGAUAUCAGGAGAUGAUAGGUGAGAAGUAUUAAGCUGACGACACCAAGCUGAGUGGUGUGGUUGACACAGUAGAAGGAAUGGAUGCCAUUCAGAGGGACCUCGAGAGACUGGAAAGGUGGGCCAGGGUGAACCUGAUGAGGUUCAACAUGGUAAAGUGGAGAGAUUUGCACUUGGGCCGGAGGAAUCCCAGGCAUCCAUACAGACUGGAAGGAGCAGUCCUUGAGA